AUGGGGCGCACAAAACGCCCAGACGGCUCCCAGACCCCUCGGGAACACCCAAACUUCUCCCAAACCGGACCCAUGGACGGGUACCUGGCCUCCUCAGCGGGCGCAAGCCACGAGGCAGCAGAAUCCAACAUGGCCGACUCCCCGGCCCUCUCGCCCGCCUCAGACACCGGCGGUCCCUCUCUGGCUGAUAUUAGCGCGGACAUACGAGCGCUAGCCGCCUCCAUGGUGACAAAAGAAGACCUAAAGGCCCUCUCAGACACCCUGCAUGCGGUGAUCCGCACGGAGGUAACCGAGAUCAAGGCUGAUAUAGCCACUCAGGCCGGCAGACUACAAGCACUAGAAACAACUGUGCUGAGCACAACAGCACAAGCAGAAACUACAAACCUUGCCAUCACCAGGCAAGGGAACAUGCUAUUGGCAUUGAGGCGCCAGGCGGAAGAUUUAGACAACAGAGGCCGUAGGUCUAACAUUAGAGUCCACGGCCUACCGGAAUCCGCGGGGGAGGAAGACGUAGAGGCUACACUGCAGACCCUGUUCAGGGAAAUCUUGGGUACUGAGGCACCGGAAUCCAUAGAAUUCGACAGAGCGCACAGGGCUAACAGAGCGCGAGCGGCAGACAACACACCAAGAGAUAUAGUUUGCUGCCUGCACACUUACAAGCUAAAGGAAAAGAUCAUGACUAAAGCUCGCCUGAGACCGACCUGGCGGUACCGUGACGCAGAAAUAGCCCUAUACCAGGACUUAUCCCCCCUCACACUGGAAGCCCGCAGGGCCUUGCUUCCCAUCACCGCACUAAGAGAAAGAGGAAUCCCCUACAAGUGGGGCUUCCCCUUUAUGCUCCAGGCACGACACCACAAUGAGUGGACCCAACUGCGCUGGCCAGAAGAGGUUCCCGGGUUCCUACAACGCCUAAACUUGCCGCUAACGGAAGUAACUAACUGGGUCCUGGGCCCAGUCGACUCCCGACAGGGGCCGCAAACGCCGAGACAACAGCGACUACGCAGAGACGCCACACCACGAAGGCCACCAGCCAGACGACAACUGGCACCGACAGAACCAGAGGAGUAACCGUUGGAGAGCUUGUCCCCACCCCCUCCCCCGCCACUGGACUAACUCAGACCGACCCGUGACCUAG